UCCUUGGUCUCGGUCUUGGUCUACGGUAACUAAACUGAUCGCUCCCUUCCAUGGUGUCAAAGUUUCCUUGGUUGUUCUUUUUGAGUCCAGCCUGCCUCAUCGCGACUGGCCCAUUCUUCAACUCUUCACUUCUUGACAUCCCGAAGAAUCAUUCGCUUGCAUUAUUCGUCCCUCAAUCUUUUCUGAUCGUUCACUGCUUCUUACGUCCUCUUCCCUCAUACCCACUUUCGACGCCGAUCUACUACUCCUUGCUAGACGAAACAACGCAUACGGAGCUCCGUGCAGGCCGCCGUAACCUUUGUGCUGCUGUUGAAAUCAAAUAAUUGUCAGUCUCCCCCCAAUCGGCACUUUGCUGCCGACAGGCACCUCGCUUGCUCGCUCAGCUCACCGGAUCAACAUUGCGAAACCC